AUGCAGGCUGGCUGGUUGGUUAUCUUGCCGUUUCGCAGUUGUGAACGCAGAUCCAAGCGUAUUGGACCAUUAUAUAAAGUCCAAGAGUCAUGCUCAGCUUUCGAACUUCCCUCAAGAAUCACCCCACUGUUCAUCUAUACUUCGCCUUGGUCGAAUAUGUUCGUACUUGUUACUGGUGCAUCAGGUUUUGUGGGAUCUCAUGUUGUAGACCAUCUUUUGGAUGCUGGGCACAAAGUCCGGGGGACCUCUCGAGCUGGAAAAGCUUCUCGGGUUCGGGAUGCUUAUAAGUCGUACGGAGAUCAAUUUGAGCUGGUCGUCGUUGACGACUUCGCCACGUCGGACUUGUCUGGAGCUUUGCAAGGAGUCGAUGCCGUAAUCCAUGUCGCGUCUCCCCUGCCCGGGGCCACGAGUGUGGAGGUUAUCCUGACGAGCGCUGUUUCUGGGACUAUCCGAGUAAUGGACGCUAUCGCGGAGGCAGGGGUGAAUAAAGUCAUCGUCACAUCUAGCGUCUCCUCUUUAUUCGAUCUGGACUACCUGUGGACUGACAGAGUAUUCGGAGAGAAAGACUGGAGUUCUGCGACGCGUGAAGACGCUCUGAAACCUGGCGUUCAUCCUUUGACUAUCUACGCCGUGUCAAAGACGUUGUCAGAAAAGGCGAUCCGCGACUUUGAGACAAAACAUCCCGACAUGGACAUCGCUACUAUCCAUCCAAGUUAUAUAUACGGUCCUGCCGGUCGUGGUCAGAUCAUAGAUGUUCCCGCCGACGGUACCAACAGCUUCGUGUACGAACUCAUCAAGCCUAAAUCUUCCCCCCGGCCUCCCCUACCACCGCCGCAAUCCAUGCUCACCCCAACAUUCGUCCAUAUAUCCGACGUUGCAUGCGCACACGUCUUGCUCCUCUCCGUUCCUCCCUUUCCGGCUGGAGAGUGCAAGCGUAUUGUCCUGAAAGACGGAUUCAUACACUGGAAGGACGCCACAGAGUACCUGGAGAAGACGCGGCCGGAGCUGGAACAUAGAUUGUAUGAGAUCCCAGAGGGGUACCAGACCGAGACUUGCGUCUCGUUUGAUGGAAGUAGUGCGGAGAGUGUGCUUGGGAUGAAGGAGGGCGAAUACAAAGGAUGGAAGGAGACGUUAGAUGAUACGAUCAAUGACAUCCUGGAGAGAGAGAAGAGAUUGGGAAUUGUCGUGUGA